UCCAAUUAUCUUUUCUUUAAGUUUAAAAAUGUAAAAGAGUUCCUAGAAUCAAAUGCGCAAAUUCCCCAAGUUGGUACUAUUUGCUUCGACAAUUUGAAGAGCAAGAACUCUCAAUCUACUUUACAAACGAAGGGCAGCUCAUAAUGAAUAGGAAAGAUAUCUACUGGAAGACUUUGGUAUGUGUGCCUGAGUGAAGAGAAGUAAACAAGGGAGCUUGAUAAUCUUGAAAAUGGGGUUCUUGAGGGGAAGGAGAAUGUGGGUCAUUUUGGAUAAAGGUUUUUUCUUGGUAGUUUAGCAGUGGGGCAUGCAUGCAGAAGAUCCAUAGUAUGACCAAGCAAAUCUUGGAACUUGUGGGAGAGGUGGUCCUUCAAAGGUCUGACAAUGCAUAGAAGCUACACCGAUUAGUGCUGUUCAUUAAUGGAGAUAGCCCCUAAUGAAUCAAAGACACCAAGCAAGAUCGGAGAUAGACCAACCAGUGAUGUUGUCGUAAGGCUUAGAACGCAGGAUGGCCGUGAUGAUUGGCUUUACUGCCAUUCACAUAUUCUUGUCGAAGAGAGCAAAUAUUUUGCUGAUCGGUUAUCAGAUAGUUGGCCAACAUGUCAGAUUCUUGACUCGCGCAAUUGUGUUGAGGUUUACUGUGAAGAACCUGAUUUGGACUACCAUGUCAAUGUCCUUCGACUCUUCUAUGUCAUUGCAGAUAGUUUAAUGACUGAAAUUUGCCACGGUGUCAGGAAUGCCCUUGGCAUUUUGCGGGUUGCUGUCAAGUUUGGAUGCCCAAGAAUUAUUGCAGUAUGUGUGGAUUAUUUGGAAGCAGUCCCAUGGGAGGAAGCUGAAGAGGAGGAGCUAUUAAAUACUAUACCAGGCAUGGGAUCUAAAGUGGAACCAGUACUUGCUCGUCUCCAACCAGUCAAUCCUGCUGCAGUAAUGAAGAUUUUUCUAGCGGCCCUUCAAUUUGCUACAUCGUCACCUCCUUCACCUUUGAAUGAUCUGAAAACCACUGCUCAAGAACAGCUUGAAUACCUGCUUACUGAGGAUGAUGAUGCUCCUUUACUGACUGCCGAUGAAGAAAUAAAGCUAGAAGUCAUACGAUGUGCCAACAGGCUGUUUGAUAGAUUUAACAACCUUGUAGAAUCUCUACUGUGUGAUCUCCAAGAAUCAAUUUCAGAUGCUGGGAAAUUGCAAUCAUUGCAUUCCUGUUUAACAGACUUGUCAUGGGCAUGUCAGAUAUUAGGAAAGCUGGAAAUUAUGAGAGAUUUUGUUUGCAGCUGGACAGAGUUGUCAAUGAAACUAGUUAAAAUUGUUCAACAAAAAGAAGCAGAAAAUCAAAUUCUAAAAACAAUGCUGAAGGUUCUUGAGGUGACAGCAAAAGUAUUAGAGGCAGUAGGAUAUGGCAUAGUUGUGUUACCUACUGUAAAACGACUUCACAUGGUGAAACUCUGGCUUCCUUUUGUCCGAUCCAUGAAGCCUUUAGUUGAUUCUUUCACCGAGGAAACUGAUGAUGAUCUCACAAUAAAAGUCGAUAGUGAGUUAUGGCAAUCCUUGGAGUCAGCAUUUGUUUCCAUUAUACUUGCAUUGCCAUCAGUUGAUCAGGCAGAUAUUUUAACUGAGUGGUUGGAAAAUCAGCAGAUUCAAUAUCCAGACCUCACCGAGGCAUUUGAAGUGUGGUGUUAUAGGUCCAAGGUUUCCAAGCGAAGGCUGGCAGCACUUGGGGAAGAUCACAAUACAGCUAAGACAGUAUGACUUCUCUGUUUUUCUUUUUUAGCCAAUUCUAGGAUUUAGGUUGUAUAACCGAUUUUUGGUGGAAAUUUUGUGUUAUUUCUUUAACAUAGCUGAACUGGUAAGACGAAUGGUAAAAUCACCUUCUCUAUUUUUGUUUCCCUCACAAUGUUUUAUGCUUAAUUUUCUAUGAAGUAUGUCAAUCUUUCUCACCAA